AUGGUUGAUGAAAUUCCAAUCAAAUGUUCGCUGGGCAAUACAAACGACUUUCGUGUGGAUAGUGUCCACAGAGUGAAUAAUGUAAAUGUGAGAGAUUCCUUUAAUACCGAUGAGAAUAUAGUACAUUCGGAUAUUGAAAUAAACUCUCUACUAUCUCAAUUAUUAACUAUAAAUGUUAUACAUAUUUCCAAUGUGUUUAUGAAAAUAUUUUCGAAUUCGGAAAUACUCAAGUCUUCCAAUGAACAGACAGUUGUACUGAUUGAAAAUCAACCUGUACAUCUAGGCUGUUUUUAUGAAAGAUCUCAUCUACCAGCUAAUGUGAAAUAUGAAUACACAUAUUUCAUACAAUCUAAAAGUUACAUUCCUCAGGAGAAAUUAGAUUCCUUACAAGCCAAUGGAUGGAAGUCAUUCAAAAAUGCUUCUUUAUUGUCUUACCAAUCACAACAUAAUCUUGUGGAAUUUUUACCCGACCGGAUAUUUAAUGGUGCAAAAGUUAACUGUCAGAUCAGAGGUACAAGGUUUAAAAGUGUACAAGCUGAUCGAGACAUUUUGAUUACAUCACAUCAAUCAAUGAUGCUAACUGAUAUGGAAGACAGGAGAAAUGAAACGAGUGACGAAACCCUAGAAGUGACUUCUUCUCAGAGUUCUAUCGACUUAAAUGUACACUAUGGACCAGAAAUUCAUAAUCCUGAGGAUCAAUUUUACCCAGUUUAUCUCUGUACAAAAUUCAACCAAGGAUCACAAACUUCUUGUAGCAAUAAAGUGACCAGUCCACAGAAUAUAACAUUACAGUGUCGGACAGAUUUCAACCCGCCCGGUCAGAUUCAAUGGUUUCAAUGGCAACCAAGCCAUCGAUCCUUAGUGUAUAUAACAAAUGGACAAACUUUACAAUUCAGUAUAGAACAAUUAAAAGAUUUAUUCAAAUAUACAGAAAUAACUUCACAUAAUUUAUGGAUUAUUGAUAAUUACUUUUCAAAAAAUAAAGAAGUGAUACCAGUUGUAGGUGAAAAAUUGAUUUUCAAAUUAUGGAAAUUUAUAUGCAUUGCUAGUUCAGAUGGAUUCAAUAAUCAAUCGGCUAAUCGAUAUGUAGUAGAAGCAAGGAAACCUUUUGUAUAUAGUAGUCUCAAUGCCUAUGGGGUUUUAGAUAAAUCAAUAAUAGUUUCAUGCAAUGUGAUCAGUUUUCUUGAGCUAAAUUUUUCUCAUCCAAUAUGGUCUUUUAAUGGAAAAUAUAUAUUGGACGACAACUGGGGUAAUAACAAUAAUAAUAAAUCUCUAAUUGCCAUUAAUGCAUCUUCAUCAUGGAAUUCAAAAAUAUCAAUUUCUACAACUCAUCAUCACUAUGCAUUACCACUAUCUAAAUAUAUAAUUAAUAAUAGAAAAUAUUCAUUUGGCUGGAUCAGUACAUUACGGAUAAAUAGACUGUUAUUGGCUGAUGAAGGUAUCUAUCAGUGUGCUUUCACUAAUGACCUGGGAACAAGUUCAUUUAGAAUUAAUUUACAACUUCAAGAUAAACAGACAGUGAAUGAUGGCGCACAAAUCAUGUCGAUUUGCUUGCUCUCUGUACUCAUUCUGCCUUUAUUGUUGUCCAUUGUAUUUUAUAUCCGAAAGAGAAGUCUCCGUUUCGGAUGGAGUAAACAACAGUUUAAAAAGUGUGGCCUUAAAAUAAACUGGAAAAACUGUAGUGAAAGUCAAAGAGAUAAUCACACUCGAAAAUCAGUCGACUCAAGUGUGGAUGGAUAUUCUAUGGGAGUGGAUUUUACUGAAUUCGUACAAAAUCAGUUAGCUGAUGAAAUGAACAAUAAUGACAAUAAUAAUAAUAAUUCAUCAAACGUAUCAGCUCUACAACCGGAUCAAAUUUUUUCAGUUGAUCCCAUGAUACCUUUACCUCACAAGUGUUACAAUCCAUUCUGUGGUCAUAGACAGCGCAAAAUCCUGCUUUCAGUAAACACCAGUCGUCGUCUGGAGAGAGUACACUUUACUGUGCACUUACAAAAACUUGUCAAGGUCGGUUAAUUCAUAUGAGCAUUCCAUCUGAAUCCAAUUACUUGACUUGUCCACAUUUUAAAAGUAGAAUAUCAGAUGUUAGCGCUGAUACUACUACUUUUAUAAAUAACAGUAGUCAACUAGAUCAAGCCGGUAUAUUUCAUCCUAAAAUUGGAGGACAGUUUUCCACUACAAUUCCUCGUUGUUCAACAAAAUUUACACACAAAGAAUUAAGUUAUAAUUCGCGCCUUUGUAAUAAUCAAAAAGGAAUUAACAGUAACAGAAGACUACAAUACGGAAAUUCUUUAAUGCUUCAUUAUGAGCAUGAAAACGAUAUUGAUAAUAAUAACAAUAAUAAUGCUGUUUGUUUAAAUGAACUCCGAUUGAAUUCUAUGUUCAAUAAAAGUCAAGUUUGUUGCAGUGAAUGUGAUAUUAAUAAUAAUAAUAAUAAUUCGUAUGAAUAUUUUAAAUUCCCAUGCCAUCAUCACUUACUAUACUGUAAUCAAUUUAUCAAUAACAAUAUUAAUAAGAAUUGUGAUGAUAAUAAUAAUAAUAACAAAAAUACUGGAUCUGAGAAUUGUAUAAACAAGAAAUUGACAUGUCAGAGAGCGGACUUGGUUCCUACAGACAAUGAAGCCUUUAGUUAUUUGGAUAAGAAUUCUACACAUAUCAAUAAUAGAAAUAAUAAUAUGAUGCAAAUUGUAGCCAGCACCAAGGUGCAUAAUUGUAGUGAUAAUGAAGGAUGAAACAGUACUCA